UCCUCGGCAGCGGCCUCAAGGGAAGGAACAAGGCAGGAACAUCGCCGGGCCAAAACAGAGAAAAUCCACAAAAAUGGCGAGUGUUUCCUACCACAUCGCCAACCUGCUGGAGAAGAUGACGAGCACAGACAAGGACUACCGGUUCAUGGCGACCAAUGACCUCAUGACAGAGUUGCAGAAGGACUCCAUCAAGCUGGACGACGACUCCGAGCGCAAGGUUGUCAAGAUGCUGCUUCGGCUACUGGAGGACAAGAACGGGGAGGUGCAGAACCUGGCCGUCAAGUGCCUGGGCCCCCUGGUGAACAAGGUGAAGGAGUUCCACGUGUACUCCAUCGUCGAGAGUCUGUGCGACCACAUGGUGAGUGAGCGCGAGCAGCUGAGGGACAUGUCUUCCCUGGCCCUCAAGACAGUCAUCAACGAGCUGCCCGCCUCCUCCACCGCCCUCGUCGCCAACAUCUGCAAGAGGGUCACCGACAGGCUGUCCGAGGCCAUUGUCAGGCAAGAGGACGUCAGCGUACAACUCGAGGCGCUGGACAUCCUCGGAGACCUCCUGGCGCGGUUCGGCUCGCUCCUCAUCUCCUUCCACCCCAACAUACUGGACGCCCUGUUGCCGCAGCUCGCCUCCCCGCGCCUGGCUGUCAGGAAGCGCACCAUCGUCGCGCUGAGUCACCUGGUUGUGUCAUGUUCGCCGCAGAUCUACGCCAGGCUCAUGGACUUCCUGAUCGAGGAGUUGGCAAAGAAUUCAUCCAUGUCCACCACCAGAACGUAUAUCCAGUGUAUUGCGGCCAUCAGCCGUCAAGCGGGGCACAGGUUCGGAGAGUACCUGGAGAGGGUGAUGCCGCUCAUCGUGCAGUACGUUGCCGUGGAUGAUGAUGAGUUGAGGGAGUACUGCAUCUCCGCCUGCGAGGCCUUCACUCUGCGCUGCCCCAAGGAGAUCACACACCACCUGCCCACCAUCGUGGAAAUGUGCCUCAAGUACAUCACACACGACCCCAACUACAACUACGAUGAUUACGACGACGACGAGGGCCAGAUGGACAUGGACGAGGACGACGAGGGGGAGGAGGACGACGAGUACUCUGACGACGAUGACAUGUCCUGGAAGGUGAGGCGGUCGUCUGCCAAGUGUCUGGAGGCUGUCAUCUCCACCCGCCACGAGAUGCUCAUUGAGUUCUACAAGACAGUCUCGCCACAGCUCAUCACCAGGUUCAAAGAGAGGAGAGAGGUGAGAAGGUGGACAUCUUCCUACAUGUGGCCUCCCUCUCUCAGCAGGCCACACGCCCCAUCGAGGAGUCUGAGUCUUGACCCCGACGCUAUGGAGCAGGAGGAAGGCACGAUCUCCAUGUUGAAACAGCAGGUCCCUGCUCUUGUCAAAUCCGUGCACAGGCAGAUGAAAGAGAAGAGCAUUAAGACCCGCCAAGGCUGCUUCGCCCUCCUGACAGAGCUGGUGCAGGUCUACCCCGGCGCCCUCACACACCACAUCCCCGCUCUCAUCCCGGGCAUCCAGUUCUCCCUUGGAGACAAAAACAGCAGCAGCAACAUGAAGAUCGACACCCUGGCCUUCGUGCACUGCCUCCUCAUCCACCACAGCGGCGAGGUCUUCCACCAGCACAUCGGGGAGCUGCUGCCGCCUGUCGUCACCUGCGUGGCCGACCCCUUCUACAAGAUCACCGCCGAGGCCUUGCUUGUCCUCCAGCAGAUUGUCAAAGUCAUCAGGCCACUCGACUUGGCCUCCUCGUUCGACUUCACACCUUACACCGGCGACCUGUACCACUGCACACUGGCCAGGCUGAGGGCGGCCGAUCUGGACCAGGAGGUGAAGGAGAGGGCCAUCGCCUGCAUGGGCCAGAUCAUAUCACACCUUGGGGACCACUUGCAGGGCGAACUUGGCACGUGUCUCCCAAUCUUCCUCGACCGGCUUCGAAACGAGAUCACGCGCCUCACCACUGUCAAGGCGCUCACCAAGGUCGCUGCGUCGCCCCUGAGGAUUGACCUGCGGCCCAUCCUUGGCGAGGCGCUGCCCGUUCUCGCCUCCUUCCUCCGCAAGAACCAGCGCGCCCUCAAGCUAGCAACCCUCACCCUGCUGGACACUGUGGUCACCAACUACUCCUCUGCCCUGAGCCCACAGAUGCUGGAUAAGGUGUUAGUGGAGCUGCCGCCGCUGAUCAACGAGUCGGACCUUCACAUCGCCCAGCUCUGCCUGACGCUGCUCACCUCCACCGCCAAGCUGCACAAGUCCUCCCUCGGCAACUUCCUGCAGCUCAUAAUGCCCGACGUCAUGGCCCUCGUGCGCUCCCCUCUUCUCCAGGGCGGAGCGCUGAAGGCCAUGCAGGACCUGUUUGAGGCGGUGGUGAGGGCGGGGCUGCCAGGCCUCGGCUACCAGGACAUCCUCACACACCUCCUGGCGCCCCUUGUCUCCCCACACGCCUCAAACAUACACAAACAGGCCUAUCACUCUAUGGCGAAGUGCGUUGCCGCCCUCACCCUGACACACCCCAGCGAGGCCGUCGGCGUGGUGAACCGCUUCCUGAUGGACGUGACGAACCCGCGCUCCCCCACGGUGCAGUCCUUCUCCCUCCUGGCCAUUGGAGAGAUUGGAAAGCACAUUGACCUAAGUGGCAUCCCUCAGCUGAAGGACGCAGUGGUGGCAUCCUUCAGCUCGCCGUCGGAGGAGGUGAAGUCCGCCGCCUCCUACGCCCUGGGCCACCUCAGCUGCGGGAACCUCCAGGAGUACCUUCCCUUCGUGCUGUCGGAGAUUGAGGCCAACCCCAAGCGCCAGUACCUUCUGCUGCACUCCCUCAAAGAAAUCAUCAGCCUCCAGAGCAAGAGUGCGGAGGGCGUCAAGGUGCUGCAAGGGUUCGUGAGUGACAUCUGGACGCAGCUGUUCCGCCACACCGAGUGCGUGGAGGAGGGGACGAGGAACGUGGUGGCCGAGUGCCUGGGCAAGCUUACCCUCAUCAACCCCUCGGCGCUGCUCCCCAAGCUGCAGGAGUCCCUCAAGACUGACUCCCCCAUGAUGCGCACCACCAUCGUCACUGCCAUCAAGUUCACCAUAUCAGACCAGCCCACCGCCAUCGACAGCCUGCUCCGACACAGUAUUGGGGACUUCCUCUCCACCCUCCAAGACCCAGACCUCAACGUGCGGCGCGUGGCCCUCGUCGCCUUCAACUCGGCCGCCCACAACAAGCCCUCUCUCGUCCGGGACCUCCUCGACACCAUCCUGCCUCAGCUGUACAAUGAAACCAAAGUCAGGAAAGAGCUGAUCCGAGAGGUGGAGAUGGGCCCCUUCAAACACACAGUGGACGACGGGCUGGACAUCCGCAAGGCCGCGUUUGAGUGCAUGUACACCCUCCUGGAGACCUGCCUGGACCGCGUUGAUAUCUACGUCUUCUUGGAGCACGUGGAGGGCGGCCUCAGGGACCACUACGACAUCAAAAUGCUCACGUACCUCAUGCUGACGCGCCUUGCUCACCUCUGUCCCCAGGCUGUGCUGCAGAGGCUGGAGCGACUGGUGGAGCCACUCCGCACAACCGUCACCACCAAGGUCAAGGCCAACUCGGUGAAGCAGGAGUACGAGAAGCAGGACGAACUCAAGCGCUCCGCCAUGAGGGCCGUCGCUGCCCUGCUCACCAUCCCUGACGCCGACAAGAACCCUCAGCUCUCGGAAUUCGUUGCUCACAUCAAGUCCACCCCGGAGCUCCAGUCCCUCUUUGAGUCGAUCCAGCGCGACGCUUGCCCGGCCCAUGACGCAAUGAUGGACCUCAGUUGAAUGUUCCUCUCUCGUGAGCACUGUGUUCGCGACGCCCAGACUGAGGGGGUGGACGGUGAUCGGGGGAACUCGCGUGCGUCUUCGUCGACUAAACGCGUCGGCAGUGGCGGUGAUUGGCGUGCAAACAAACAAACGGGGAGGAAAAACACACGUCCCUGAAAAAUGGGGCCGUUUGUCUGUAUGAAGGGACACCGCACGCGCUCCCUUCCCCUCGCCUCCUCCUCCUCUUCCUCCCGCUCCCUCUUCCCUCUCCUCCCCAGAACCACAGAACUGAGAGGACGGUUCUUGGAUAGUUUUCUAAUAAGUGUGACCACCACCCAGCCACUGCCGGCGCCGCACCAUGCCAGCCAGCCAGCCAGUGAGACAGUCAGUGAGCAGGGAGCGUAGUAACCGCGGUGGCUUGUUUAAGAUUGCUCUGCGUGGAUGUCCUUGACUGUGUUCCGUAGGUGACUGCCUUAAAACGCAAAAUUUGUACACACACACCUUCCUCCUCCUCAACCCGUUUUGUUUUUUUCUCUACACUCUCUACACUCGAAGAAAAUGUCCCAAAUUUAUUAUUACUGUUAUUAUUAUUAUUAUCGUUGCCACUUGCUUUGGUCUUUUUUUUUUUUAGGAUGUCGUCAUCGUCCUGUGUUUUUAAGUGAUGAAGACGGGAACUUAACGGAGCUUCUUCUGCUUGUCUCGGCAUCUUCCGUUUUCGUCAAGUUUCAGCAGUUCAUGAAAAACGGCUUCGUGUCGCAGGAGAAAACCACCCUACAGCCUUUUCCUUGCCCCUGUUUUGUGUUCAUCAGAUUGAGCUCUUGCAGAAAAAACAGCAACUCCACCAACCUAUCUUUUUUGUCAAUCCAUUCAUUUAUACUUUUUUUGGUGCAUAGACAACAUGAUGGAAUUCAAUCACAUAUACCUUCUACAAUGUGAUCCGAUGCCAUUGCUAUCCACUGUGUUCCGAGGUGGCAGCUUAUGAGAGAGACUAUUAAAGAAGUAUUUGCCAAGGCGCUUGUGAUGUGACCAGUCCAGACAACAUAUACUACAGCUUUCCUCUAUAAUGGGAACGCAAGUCUUUAGUAACACCUGUGAUGAGUUGAAAAUAAAGAAAGUUGAGGUAGAUAGAUAAAUAGAUAGAAGGUGAAGGAGAGUAGAUGGUAAAUGUGUGGAUUCUAAGGAUGCAAGAUGUGGAUAACUUUGCAAAUUCGUUCAGAUUGACAGCAUAACAAGAUCUAUUAUUCUAUUUCUCUAUUCUGUCAUCUCUUCUUUCUCCCUCACUCGUUCUCUCUCUCUAUCUCUUCUCUCUCACUCUCUCGUUCUCUCUUUGUUAUCUCUUCUCUCUCUCCCUCAAUCUCUCGUUCUUUCUCUCUCGAAUUACAGUGACAGCAAGUAACUUUCUCUUUUUUUUUUUUAGACAACCAAGUAGCAAAAAAUAUAUACAUGUUUUUUAUAAGAUUACGUUUUUUGUCAAAGUUCUGCCUGUGAUCAAUUUUUUUUUCUUUUUCUUCUUUCAUUUGUGAAUUAAAACAAAACACAGAAUGGAAGUUUUUAUUUUUUGAGGAAUUGUGUCCAUGUUUUUUUUUGGGGGGGGUUAUUUAUUUGUUUGUUUGUUUGUUAUUUUAUUGUUGUUGUUUUUAUAUAUAAGCUGCUGUGUGUUAAAUUCAUGCUUACUAGUAUUGCAAAGCUUAUAACAAAACCACUACCACCACCACCACCACCACUAUUACCAACACCACCACCAACAACUGUUACCAUUACUGAAAUAGAACUUGCAAACAGUUUAAUUAAAGAACAACAGAAACCUUCAAGUGUAUGUGUGGUUUAGAGUUAAUUAUUUACUUAUUUUUUAUACAUAUUUAAAGUAUACAUGAUGUGUGCGUAUCUGUGGCUGUCUUAUAGGAAUCAUAAAAAUAUUAACCAAAGUCCUUAAAAUGCCAUAACGUGAAAAGUAACACAUGCCGACACUGCCACACUAUAGAAUAAUAACUAACAUAUAGAGUAAUAAGCCAUAUCAAUUGCUAUACUAAAAAAUAUUAACCCACAUUCAAAGUACCACACCACGUUAAGAUAGGAAAACAUUAACCCGUCCGCUGUGAUUGGCACGGAUUUCGCCUUCACUGGUAACCUGGUAACAUACACUCCCAGGUCUUUCUCUGCCUCUGUGGUGGAUAGUGGAGUGUUUCCCAUGUGGUAUUGGUGUGCUGGAUAUCCCUUCACUGGUAGCCUGGUAACAUACACUCCCAGGUCUUUCUCUGCCUCUGUGGUGGAUAGUGGAGUGUUUCCCAUGUGGUAUUGAUGUGCUGGGUAUCCCUUCACUGGUAGCCUGGUAACAUACACUCCCAGGUCUUUCUCUGCCUCUGUGGUGGAUAGUGGAGUGUUUCCCAUGUGGUAUUGGUGUGCUGGAUAUCCCUUCACUGGUAGCCUGGUAACAUACACUCCCAGGUCUUUCUCUGCCUCUGUGGUGGAUAGUGGAGUGUUUCCCAUGUGGUAUUGGUGUGCUGGAUCUCCCCUCCCUUUACAUUUUUUUUCAUUGAAUUGUAGCAGCCACUUUUUGUUCCAUUUCUGUAGCUUGGUGAUGUCUUCUUGUAGGAAGUCCGCAGCCAAGGGGUUAAAAAAAGAAAUAGUUACCCAUGUCAACAAGUGUCACACAAAAACAAUAAUAAAAUAGCCCAUGUUUAGAGUGCUACAAAUAGAACAAAAAAAUAGAAAAUAACCCACCUUGAAAGAAAAAACAUACUUAAGAUGGAAGAAAACACCAUCAUCCUUUUUACUACACUGAAGAUGACAAUAAUCAAGUCAAACAUUCAUACCACAUUAUGCAAAAAAAUCAUAACAGCCCAAUUUUGUGAUAUAUAAAACUCAACCCAUUGGACACAGUUUGAUAGGCAUUAGAUGAGCUGUAGGCAUAUAAUCAGUAGUCUUAUUACCUGUACAGUCCUUAAUAAUGAUAAUAGUAGUAAUAAUUAGAGGUAAUGACAUGGAAGGCUGUGUCCGUGGCUAAGUUUGUGAGUAGUUGAAGGUGUUAUUGAUGGGCUUGUUAGUAAAUGAAGCAAAAUAGGUGUCUGGUUGUAUUUAUUUAUUUAUUUAUUUAUUUAUUUAUUUAUUUAUUUAUUUAUUUAUUUUAUAUUUUUUUUACGUCUAUACCUAUGCGCCGGGUUGUGUUGGUGUGACAAAACGCACAUAUACACGCACACACUUAUAUAUACACAGAUUUGACAAGUUUUCCAUUAUCAGAAAAAACAAGGUAUCGUCAUUUGCUUAUUAUUAUUAUUUAUUUAUUUAUUGUUUUUGUUUUUACUUGGUUUAUCAGGCGUGUCCAUUUCCGUCACUUUUUCCUUCUAUUCUUCCUUCCCUUUCUUCCCCGGGGACUCUCUUCCUCUUCCUCCCGAUUGAGUCUGUAUGAAGCUGAUGAUGAUGAUAAUGGUAAUUGGUAUGUUGAUAUAUCUAGAUUUAUUACUUGUAUCAUAGUAAAAUCUUUCCUAUU